AGGAGAUGGAGAAACAGAAGAUCCUGUACCAGCAGGCCAGGCUCCACGCCCGCGGGGCUGCUGAGAUGGUGCUACAGAUGAUCAGCGCCAGUAAAGGUCGACUAGGUCCCAUGGUGACCUGCACCCUCAAACUGGGCAUCUCCAUCCUCAACGGAGGCAACGUACUGGUCCAGCAGAAAAUGCUGGAUUAUCUGAAAGAGAAAAGAGAUGCAGGCUUUUUCAAGAGUUUGUCAGGCCUCAUGCAGUCCUGCAGUGUCCUGGACUUAAAUGCCUUUGAGAGACAGAACAAAGCGGAAGGUCUGGGGAUGGUGACAGAUGAAGGAUCCA